AUGUCUGACAAGCCCACCACCAACCUCACUGGCACCGUGCCCAAGGCCAUGGACGAGGAAGGAAGCAUUGGCAAGCAGUUCACCGAGAAGGGAGCCAUUGGAGGCAUGGCGCAAAAGAUCGGAGGACCUCUCGACAAGGACGGCGCAAUUGGCAAGCAGUUUAAGGCUGACGGAAGCAUUGGAGGAACAGUCCAGAACAACAUGGGCGGAGAGAAGAAGGCUUAA